AUGGGUGAUCAAAACCCCCCACCAAACCUUCAAGUUCAAGCUAUGAUGGAUGAGAUGCGACGUUUGAUGACAAAUGAAUUUAACCAAGUACAUGAAAGAAUGGACCGAAUGGAGGCACAAGUACAAAGAACUCGAUCUCGAGCAUCAUCACAGGUUUCUAACGGGGAAGAGGAGGAUGAUGGUUGGGAACCUGAAAGGCGACCAAAUAGAAGGAGGUCACGAAGAGAUGACAAUUUAAGUUCUAUUAAAAUGAAAGUUCCUUUUUUCAAAGGCAAAUCAGACCCGGACGCGUACAUUGAAUGGGAGACAAAAAUGGAGUUCAUAUUUGAUUGUCAUGAAUAUUCCAACCGUAAGAAGGUAAAACUAGCCGUAGUUGAGUUUUCUGAUUAUGCACUAACAUGGUGGGAUCAACUUCUAAUCACUAGACGGAGAAAUGGAGAAAGGCCUAUUGAGACAUGGGAUGAAAUGAAGAGUGUCAUGCGAAGACGGUUUGUGCCAAGUCAUUACUUUCGUGAUCUCCACAAUAAACUUCAAAGCUUAAAACAAGGCAGCAAGUGUGUUGAUGAUUACUUCAAAGAAAUGGAGGUUAUGAUGGUUCAUGCCAAUAUUGAGGAGGAUCCUGAGGCAACCAUGGCCAGAUUCUUAAAUGGCUUAAAUCUUGAAAUUCGUGAUCGCGUUGAGAUGCAACAUUAUGUUGAAAUUGAAGACAUGGUCCAUAUGGCUGUUAAAAUUGAAAAACAAUUAAAAAGAGGUGGCGGGUCUCGAAAUAACACUUGGAAGGCUAGUACUUCAAAAAAAUCAGAAAAUACACCUACUUCUUCUUCUAAUUCCAAAUCUGAUCUUAAAACAACAAACUCUUCAAAAGGAAAAACUGAUUCUUCUACUUUUAGGAAUCGUGACAUAAAGUGUUUCAAGUGUCAAGGAAGGGGUCAUAUUGCAAGUCAAUGUCCAAAUAAGCUUACCAUGGUGGUUAGAGAAAAUGGCGAGAUCGAAACGGAUGAAUCAGAUUCUAUAGUUUCACCGGAAGAUUGUAGUGAUGAUGAAGAGGUGGCUGUUCAAGGUGAUUUAUUGGUUGCAAGACGAGCUCUAAACAUUCAAUCCAAGGAGGGAGACGAUGCCCAAAGGGAGAAUAUAUUCAAUACUCGUUGCUAUGUUCAAGGCAAGGUAUGUAGUGUUAUAAUUGAUGGUGGGAGUUGUACUAACGUUGCAAGUACUUCCAUGGUUGAAAAGUUAGGUAUACCCACGAUGAAGCAUCAAAAACCAUACAAACUUCAAUGGCUCAAUGAUAGUGGUGAGGUGCGAGUUACAAAACAGGUGAUGGUUUCAUUUCGGAUUGGAAGAUAUGAAGACGAGGUGUUGUGUGAUGUUGUUCCUAUGCAAGCCACUCACUUGCUGCUAAGUAGACCAUGGCAAUAUGAUAGACACGUAAGUCACGACGGUUUCACUAACAAAUACACUUUUGUAUACAAAACAAAACCGGUAACUCUUGUACCAAUGUCACCAAUUCAAGUUUACCAAGAUCAAGUAAAACUUCAACAAGAUGCGAAAAAAGAGAGCGAAGGAAAAAAAGAGAGAAAAAAAAGAUGA